UAAUUAGUUUUUGAGGGCUUGUUGAAAUCAUCAGCUUAUUAUAAGGUACUUUUCCAUGUUUCUGUGAUCCUCAGUCAAUGAUUAAAGUGACAGAAUCUACUCUAUUUUUUGAAUUUAUUUAUUUUUCUGCUCUUCUAAAUUAUGUGUUUUCUAGUCAAUUGUGAAUUGGCCACUUGCAAAGCAGCACUUAAUAACUGCAGUACUUUUAAAAUGCCCGCUUGGUUUAGCCAAGUAUAAAUUGUAAAAACAGUUUUAUUUUUCAAUGGUAUUUUCUCUUUUAAUUUAUAGUAAGAAGUGCUAUUUUUAACAGUUACUGGUUUAGUUGUGACAGUGAGACUUUGCUUUAGGAGUAAGAACAUGUUUAGGUAGUGAAAAUAUUGCAACCUCAUCAGUGUCAUUUCAAGCAUAUCGCAAAACUAAACAUUUUCUUACUGCCAGUGAGGUCCAUUUGGCCGCCCUUGCUCUUUUGAAACAUCCAUAGGUUGUUGGAUACUUAGUAUAAAUGCUAAAAAGCAUAUACAUAAAGGAAGCAAACUAAUUGCUCUGGGCAUCUGACUAAUCGGCUCAUCUAUAAUCCCAAACCAACCUGAACACUUUGCUUUUUUUUCCUUCAUUUGGUUUAGUUCUGAUAGCCCGCAGACCAAAGCACUGUAAGUAGUGAAUGUGAAAGGACCUGAAAGUAACAGGCCUGUGCAAGUAAUGCUGUGCAAGAGAUGAGAGAGUAGGGUGAUGCAGAUACUGGGGGACCCAAGUAUAGCCUCAGCUCCUUCCUGUGCUGGUGAAAUGUGCGUGCCCAGGAGAGAAUUCUGAUGCUGAGGCCAAGUGCUAUGUUUGGCUCACUUCACUGCUAAUCAGCUCUCUCAGCCUCACAUCAGAGUAGCUGCAUGCAAACUGCUUAUUUAUAGUAAUCCAUAAUAACUCAUGAACUGUAUGCAGGCAUAGUCUGGGUGAGUGUUAGGUGGCUUGGACCAAAAUUGUGUGAGAAUAGUGCAACCACACAUCCUGGCAGUGCUUAAUGCUAUGUCUUAAUUUGUUAGGAUCGGUGUAGUCUGGGUGUGCAGUGAGUUUGAGUUACUGGUGUCUAACAGGAAGUGUAACCUGGGGAGAACUUGGAGCGGAUACCUGGUGGGCUGUGGAGGACGUAGGUACCAGAGCUCCUUGCAUGGAAGGCUAAGGGGAACAUCACACCUUCAUAGGAACUUCAUUAGUUCCACUGUUUAUAAAACAUCUCUUUGUAUUGAAGUUUUUUUGUAGAACAUCCUGAAUUUUUUUGAUGAAAAGAUAAACCUGUGUAAUACUUUUAUUUGCCUUCAAGCUUUGUUUGGAUUGCGUUUGCAGGCUUUUCUCCAUGACCAGGAGGGCCUAACAGUUUUUUUCUUGGGAGAAAUGAGUUUCAUGUAGUUGCUUGUCUGCUUUAUAACAAUUACAAAUGCUUUAUAUAAACAUAAAUAUUUAGAGAUUUGUAAUAACGUUAGAUUUGCUGGCAGAUACUAACCUUUGCAUUGAAAACUAUCAUCUGGCUUCCUCAGUGAUGCUUUCAGGAGAGGAAUCUGAUUUGAAAGGCUUCAACAUAAAUGGUUUUAUGGAUCAUUAUUAUUUAAAUAAACUGUUUUGGAGGAUUUGAUUUGGAGGAAUUUUUGGAAAAUUGGAGGACUACAGUCCUGAAUUAUUUGGCUACUACCCAGAAAUAUAACUAAUUAAAUUGCUGUAAUGUUUUUUAUUUACCUGUCAAAUAAUAAGUAUCAGAGCUGGGAUUUGAUAGCAGAAAAUUUCUAAUACUUUAGUCAAAUAGGGAAAUACUUAUUUCUAAAUAAAAUGUACUCAUUCCUAAUGCUAAUUAGCAUAGAUCUAAUUAACUUGAAGUCUAUGGACCACUUAUGUUAAUGACAGUUAUUAAAUACUUUAAAUAGAAUGUUGAAUUCUGAGGAAGAAGCAGCUGUUGUGUUGAGCCACUUCUAACUGAGGACUGAAAAUGCGAGCAGUUGAAAGUGAGGCAAAGGCAAAAACCAAAGUCCGCUUUGAGGAGAUCUUCAGACGCCAUGCUGACUUAGCAGACACAAAGAAAUUGAAGAAAAAGAAGUUUGACUCUCAAGAGAGCAUUGUGCUUGAUACCUUUAGAAAUAAUAUUGAUCUAUCUAAGGAAAGUGUGAAUGAUGAAGCAAUUAUAAACAACACAUAUAAUCCUGAAGAAGAGAGCCCAAGAUUUACAAAAAAUAAAUUGAGAGAGAAAGCGUCAAUUGCAAAGAAAAUAAACAACGAUGUUGUUAGUGGAGAAGAGAAUGAGCAGCCAAAGUCAAUCAGGAAGAAGAAGAAAUCACUGUUACAAGAACAAUUUAAUGAGGAGGAAUAUUUAUAUGAAACUAAAUUGGGGAGUUUUGAAGAAAAGAUUAAUGAUUUUCCAAAGAAGAAAACAAAAAGUAAAUCACAAACAGAUGUACCUCAUCAAGAAGGUGAUAGAAAGAUCAAAAAUUCCUUGACUGAAGUGAGAAAUAUAACUGAAUUAGAAGAGGAAGAGCAGCUAAUUCAAGCUUAUCAGCUGCAUGUGGCUGAGGAGGAAGCAAAUGCAAUUAAAAAGAAAAUGAGAAAGAAACUUAAAGAACAGAUGUCUGAAUCUACCUCCACUGUUCAAAGGCAUGAAGUUGCGUUGAAUAAUGAAGCGGGCAAAAAGAAGAAAAAGAAGAAAGAGCGAGCAGUUUUAAGUGAAGCUGAAACAAGUGCAAUGUCCCUUUCUGAGCUGUGGCAUCAUCCAAAAGAAGGUGGCAAUGAAAAUCAGUCACCUGAAAGGCUAUUUACCUCAGAAGGACAGAAACCAGAGGAAAGCAUGGAUAAACAGAAAUCUAAAGCCAAGAAGGUUAAGAAGAAAACCAGAAAAGAAGAAACCAUGGAAGUUGCUGCAGAAAAUGAUGAGGAAAUGAAGAAUUCAGAAAUUUCAACUCAGUCUAAAUUUGGUUUUGGCGAUGAUCUUGUUUUGGGAGUUUAUAUCCAUCGAUCGGAUAGACUUAAAAUUGAUCACUUGGUAUCUCAUCCUGUGGUUAAAAUCCAUAUUGUUGAUCAGAGAAGUGGCUUAUAUGUGAAGAAGGAUUACAGCAAGAAGGAAGAUUCAUCUUAUGAACAAGAAGAAAUAGAGCACAUUCUUCCUGUAAUGACACAACCAUGUGACUUUAGAAAGUCUAAAUCAACAAUUCCAGAGUGGGAAGAACAAGUAAUAUUUAAUGAGCGUUUUACUUAUUUUAUUCAGAACACUGAGGAAAACCCUCACGUUAUCCUGUUUUUUGAGGUCCUUGAUUCUUCAAGUAUGCAUGAAGUGAGAGCCAGCUCUGAUGUAAAAAUUCAGGAAGGUCGUUACCGAAAAAUCUGUUGGGCGUUUCUAAAGCUUGUAGGUGCAAAUGGAGUUCUAAACAUUGGUGGAAAACUUCGUCUGCAAUUAUAUUACCCACCUUCAAGGACCAAGUCACAUUCAAAGGUUGUUGAAGUUUAUGACUGGUGGGCAAAAUGUCCUAGAAAUCGUUACCCAUCAACUUUAUAUGUAACUGUAAAAGGCCUAAAACUGCCAGAUCAUGUCGGUCCUUCUUUUCACUCUAUGGCAGCUGUUCAGCAGGAACAAAGUAAUACAGCACUGUCUCAACUCCAGAGAGAAGGUUGUGAACCUUCAGAGGAGAAAAAAGAGCCAUUUAAAUGGUCAAGAUUGCCUGGACAGGCUUGCCGCAUACCCAACAAGCACCUGUUUUCCCUGCGAGGUGGAGAUAUGGGCUGCUUCUGCAUCCGCUUCUCUCACGACGGAAGAACACUGGCAGCGGCAUGUGCAGGAAGGAAUGGCUAUCCCAUUGCUUUGUAUGAGAUUCCUUCUGGACAGUUCCUGAGAGAAUUUUAUGGUCACCUUAAUAUAGUGUAUGAUCUUUGUUGGUCAAAAGACAAUCAGUACCUUCUUACUGCUUCCUCUGACGGCACUGUCAGAAUGUGGAAAAUAGAAAUGAAGGCAGCAUCUGCAGUGAGAGUUUUCCCUCAUCCUUCAUUUGUGUACACGGCCAAAUACCACCCAGUUACUGACUCACUGGUUGUGACAGGAUGUUACGACUCAGUGAUUAGAAUCUGGAAUGCAAAUGUGAAAGAAAUCCAUGGGCAACUGCUACAGGAGCUCGAUGGCCAUAAAAGUUUCAUCAACACACUUUGUUUUGAUGCAGAAGGACACCACAUGUUCUCUGGAGAUAGUUCAGGACUGAUAAUGGUUUGGGAUACACCUAUCAAAGAAAGUUCUCCACACCUUUUUCAACACUGGAAGAUCAAUAAGGAAAUAAAAGAAAAUGAUAUUAAAGGAACACCAAUAAAUCAUUUGGAAGUGCAUCCGAACGGAAGGCAUUUAUUAAUCCAUGCCAAAGACAGUACCCUGAGAAUUAUGGAUCUCAGAAUCUUGGCAACAAAGAAAUAUGUAGGUGCCACAAAUUACAGAGAAAAAAUUCACAGCACCUUAACACCAUGUGGUACAUUCCUGUUUUCAGGAAGUGAAGAUGGAAAGGCUUAUGUUUGGAAUCCAGAAACAGGAGAUCAAGUGGCCGUAUAUUCUGAACUCUCCUUCACAUCUCCACUUCGUGACGUUGCUUUUCAUCCACACGAACAUAUGGUGUCUUUUUGUGCCUUUGGUCAAAACCAUCCAAUACUUGUAUAUAUUUAUGAUUAUAAAGUUGCACAACAGGAAGCUGAACUUGUAAGAGAUCUCAGUUCAUCACUUACCACAAGUGCACCAAGAGGGCCACACUUCCUUAGCAGUUUUCCUGAAAUUCCUGUACAAAAAAACUCAGUGAUGUCUCCAGCAGAUCAGUUUGUCAGUGUUGCAAGAGCAUCAAGGAGAAUGCAGAAAGUAAAACAAAAGCUUGAUUCUGUUAUGGCAAACUCAAAUCUCUUGCUUCCUGCAUCAUCUCUGUCACCACACUCCAAGCUAAGACUGCCGGGUGCUCUGAGUGUUCCACUGAAUCCUCUGUAUUCUUUCACUGCUGAAAAUGGGUGCUUCAGCCCAGUAGGAAAUCCUCUUAGUCAAACACUAUUGGGUAGACUACAGAAGAAUGAGGACAGCCUGACUGCACUGGGAGUGGGAGGAGGAAGCAGUUGUCCACCCAGGCAAGAGACAGUAGUGGCUCUUUAUGACUACACAGCGCAUCGAUCAGAUGAGCUAACCAUCCAUCGCAGUGACAUUAUCCAAGUGUUAUACAAAGAUAAUGAUAACUGGUGGUUUGGCAGCCUAGCAAAUGGACAGCAAGGCUAUUUUCCAGCUAAUUAUGUGGCUGGUGAAAAAGAAUAUGAAGAACAAUCUUCAGGAUUAAUACCAGAUUCUGCUCCUCUCCUACCAGAAGGACCGACAGAAACAGAGGAAGGUUCUCUGACACUAGCUAAGAUGUCACCAGUCACCAGUAAGUCAGGGGACCUGAAAUUUAUCUCCAAACAUGACACAGAUAGUGACUCACCUGCAACACAAGGUACAAAGAAAAAGAAGAAAAGAAUACAAAGGAAUGAGAGAGAAAAUCAGCACAACUUAAUGAGUGUCGAUACUCCUCUGUCAUCAGUUACAACUAAUGGUGUUGAAAACGAACCUACAUCCCGUGGGGUGGAAUUGAGGAAGAAGAAGAAAAAGGCAGUGAGAGGCUCAAACUUAAGCACAAAUGGAAGGACAAAUAUUGCCUUUGAGCCCGAGUGCCAUGACGCAGAGGCAUAAUUUAUUUCUGAAUACUGGGGCAAUGUUCAUUACAUGCGUUGAAGGCUGCAAUUAUGAUCUCUCUUCUAGGAUUAACAACAAACAAAGAAAUUAAAAUACUUAAAUAUGCAAAAUGGUACCAGUUGUGACUUAUCAAUGGUGCAAACCUGUUUUGGAUGACUUUUGCCCUGGGUUCCUUGAAAUCAACAGAAGGUGGAGGUUCAGCUCCUCACUGGACUGGAAAAAAAACCUGAAACUGUCAAAUACAAUGUUUCCUAAUUUGGUAUCUCACUAAACCGUCUCUUAGGCAUUUAUGUAGGCUGUAGAUCAAUCCAUUGGGAGCAAAGAAUCAAGUGAAAAAGUGUGAUCUAGAGCAAAACAAGCCCAACCACUAUGUAAGUUAUUAAAUUUGCAUUUUAAAGUGUGCUAUAAGUAAAAUAGAAGAGUAUUCAGAAUGGUGAAAUACCAAAGGAGUGUUGACAUUAAGGUCUACCUGAAAACACAAGCUUUCAAAAAAUAUUUUCCUGACAUCAAAUAUCUGUUUGGACUGCAUUUUGCAGCUCUGAAGGGAACUGUGGAGUAACUACCUAUGCAACUAUGUCUUCAGUAGGACUACUUGUUCUUAUCAAAAUAAAUUAGUGUUGCAAAUUCCAGGCAGUUGUAUUUUUCAAAUGAGGUGUACUGCACAUAGUAAAGAUUCAUUGCAGUUUUGUCAGAGUUCCUGGCUGCUUUGGCAGCAGUCUUGCCAAAUAUACUUUCUUUUGUCUGAAUGAAAUAUUUCAUGUCCAGCCGUGCUGUUUGUUUUACUUGUAGUCCUUAUUCACUUACAAGCGUCAUUAAUCUAUUUUUUUACUGGAGUAUUAUUCUGUGAACUUUUAUUAAUGACUUCACUAAUUAUCUAUGGUGUUAAAUAAUUUAUGUUUUAUAUUAAACAAAACACUUUCUAUCA